UUUAGCCAUAUCCAACGAAACACAGCAGACGUACUAUUUUAUCGGUGAAAACGAAAAAGGUGUUUCUGUGCAAAUCUGUUUCGUAAAUCUUCCUUAUCUGGUGGUGUAUUUUAGUUGUGGGUUAAUAGUUUGACUAGUUUUCAAACCGUAGCCAUACCAUGUCGCAAGAGGUGGAAGAAACGCUAAAACGUAUCCAAUCGCACAAGGGUGUUGUCGGAACCAUAGUGGUCAACAAUGAAGGCAUUCCUGUGAAAAGUACACUGGACAACACGUCCACGGUGCAGUAUGCCGGAUUGAUGAGCCAGCUGUCGGACAAGGCCCGGUCGGUGGUCCGUGAUUUGGACCCAUCGAAUGACCUGUCCUUCCUGCGGGUCCGGUCGAAGAAGCACGAAAUCAUGGUCGCUCCUGAUAAGGACUUCCUGUUAAUCGUCAUUCAAAAUCCAACGGACUAAACGGCGACAUCAGCUUACCCCGAAUGGAAGCAGUUACGAGUGAAUUGCUUCAAGCAUUACUUUUGUUCUUCUAUGUUAUCGUUCGAUAGGCAAACCCUUGAAGGGUAUGGAACCCGAUAUGGUUUUCCUACCCAUUUGCGAAGUGAUUCAGUUAAAUUAUAGUGCGAAAGUAGGGAAACAUUUAUAGACAGGGUGCAACGAGUGAUGAGUUCUUAUUUAAACAAUCUUCAUUGAAAGCAAACUAAUCGUGCAAACUUGAGGGAAAAUUAAACUGCACUAAAACAGUAAUGAAACACGGAUCUUGAAUUUUUUAUUUUUUUUAUUUUAUUCAUAUUUUCAUAAAAGCAACCGAACGAUAAAAGUUGCUGACUUCUUCUUAUGGUGCUGGUAGAAUUUUUGGAACAUUCCUACAUUGGGCCUGUGCCUCCUUAAAUCUGUAUCCUAAACCUUUGCAUUAAAAUAUUCAACUUUAUUACAAUCAACUUGAAAAGAAUGGCCAACUAAACUAAACACAAACUGCUGUAGUCAACAUUCUUCGAGGAGAACGUCCUCAAAAAUCACAAUAAAUUUUAAGUUGGUUGCUAACGAGAACUGCAGGAGAUAAUACAACUGAACAACAACAGACGAUGCCCAAUAUUGGAGCGUUCUUUACUGACUUGAUACAAUGAACAACGAACCCGGAUAGGAAAGAAUGUUCAAACUCGUGUAUAUGGGUCCAAUCGUUAUCCUCCGCUAUGGCCUACUUAUUCGUCCUACUUCUACGGUUAUCCACUAUCUGGGGAUGAAAGUAUUGUGGGUAUUUUUUUACAGGAUUAAUGAUUUUUUUGUUGGUCAAACACUUGGUCCAAUUUUCCGGUCCGACAGGGGUUUCGUUUUUCUUUUGGUGGGAAAAAUGUAGAUAGUUUUAAAAUACGUUCGAUCACAAUUGUUGGGCGGUAAAGUAUGCCCGUGGUUUUAAAACAUGCCGCCCAUAUCGGGCUGUUGUGGGUUCGGUUUUGUUCGAAAUAUUCAAUUGAUUUUUAAUAGGAAAAAGAGUAAUCCGAUUACUUUCCUUCCGACCCGACACUGUUUUUGCUGUUGUCCCAUGCGGUACAUCGAGCUUACAUAUAGCUUCGGGCUGUAAUUUACAGAGAGUAAAAAGGUUUUGUUUUUGUUUAUAAAUCGCUAGAUUUUUUUUAUGAGCUCGGUCUGCUUUGUA